ACGGCGCUGGUGGAGGCUCCACGACGACAAAAGCAAAGCUGCAACCAUGACGACGACGUGCUCCGUCUCUUCUUCACCUAGAUUUCACGGAUUUCGCUCCUCAACACACAUAGGCACAUAAACACAAUUCAUAUUAGCAAAUAGACGUCGAUCGAUGAAAUGACAAAGCAAGAACGAAUCCUCACCGAUGGUCGACGGCGUCGUAGACGGGAUGCACAAAACAUCAAACAUCCGACGACGCCAAAAGGGUUGGCCAUGACACGUCACUCCUCUUGAGCAUUUAUACAAACACCUUACACGCACGGCGACGCAGGGGCUGUAAAGAAAGGCACUAAAGAGAGGGGGUUCGGCAUCCAUGGCUGAGGGCUGGCGUCCAUGGGAGGUGGCUGCAACAGGGAAGUGGAGAUUAGGCGAGCAGGAAUGAGGGGCGAGCUCGCCACCCGGGGCAAGGAAAGGGGCGACCAUGGAGAAAUCUGGAGCAGGGAGGGAGUGCGAGGUCGUCCAACGCAGGGGGAAACAGAGGUGAGCACCAGGGAGAUGCGGCGUCAGGCACUGAAGGGGGCUCAGCCGGCGACCAGCACGACGGCGCAGCAGGGCGCGACCUCAUGGAGAAGGACGAGCCAGAGAAAUGAAGGAACGGCUGGGAGAGACGUGCGUGAGGUGGGAGAGGAGUUGAGGCUGCGUGCUAGCUUGAGGGAGGAAAAUGGUUGGGCGGCAGUGAGACAAGGCCAGCAGAUGAGCGGCGGCAGGGAAUGAGCUGAGGGAGGGCGGCGUCGAAGGAUCUAGGGGAGAGGGAGAAGACGUGUGGGGAUAAGGAGAAAAGAUUAAACGGU